AAUAGUGCCGCUCACUGUGCCAUACUCGAAAUGUUUCAGAAGAAUUUAGGCAUCAAAGACUACUUCCGCAUACAAAAAUUCACUUUUCAACGCUUAGGCAUAGAUCUUACAAUCAAAAAUGGACGAGUCAUGCAACCAUAUUUCUUGGCUUUUAUUAUUUUUACGCUGGCUACGAUCCUGCUACCGAUGGUGGUUUACAGCAGGCGGCAUUUGCAAGAAAUUGCCGAGGUGACCAAUGCAAUGACGCCAUUUAUGCAGGCCACGAUAACGCUUUGGAAGAUUUGGCGUGUCAUUUCGAGGCGCGAGGAAAUGGCACAACUAGUCGAAAGCAUUUAUGUGGUUUCGGCAAGAGCCAACAAGAGCGAAUUAAAUUACUUAAUACAGGAAAAUAAUCGCGAACGACUUAUGAAUAAAGCCUACUAUUGCUCGGUAUUGGUUACUGGAAUUUUAUCGCUGGCCGCACCUGUUUUGGUUAGCUUCUUACAAUACUUGCUACUUGGCGAAUUCGGCUAUAUUGUGGCGCUAAAAGGCGCCUACCCUAUUGACUUUGCACGACCGCUGAACUACUUCUUUAUCUGGCUUUGGUCGGCGAUUGCCAUCUAUGGUGUAAUUUAUGGUUCCGUAUCAGUUGAUAGUAUCUUUUCUUGGUACAUACACAAUAUAGUGGCAAAUUUUAAGAUACUAUCAUCCAAGUUGGAAUCAGCAGAAAA